UAAUGAUUGACAUGGCUUGAAGUGGAGGAGCUGAGAUUCCUGUAUCCACCCACCUGGCUACUUAACUGAGCAGACUGUCUUCUUUUCGUUGACCCCCGAAGGGUUUUAACACAUAUUUCAUAGGUCUCUUGUUUCUAUCCGAAGUUUCAGCACUGAUUGCUCCAAACAGCCACCAUGGUCGACUUUAUUGAUGUUCAUGCCUCUGGUAAAUACGGAAAUGCCGCAUACUCGACUCGUGAUCUGCGACCGGGAGAUAUUAUCCUACGCGAAGCCCCUUUAUUGGUUGUUCAGCCACCCCCUAAUGGCAAAGGUGUUUCUUUCCUGGAUUCCAUAUUCAACGCGAAGAACAUUCCCGCGAGCAGCAUUGAGCAUGAAAUUCAGAAGCUAAGCCCGGUGCACAAAGCGGAGUUAAGAAAGAUUGCCUGUGAGGAAGACACUGAUAUCUCCCGGUUUAUGAGUUGCCACUAUGAUAUUCGACCAAAGCAAAAUGAGGCACCCACGGCCUUUGGGCUUUUCCUCAAGGGAUCCUAUAUUAAUCAUUCUUGUCAGCCAAAUUUGUUGUAUUUUUGGGAUGAAAAGAUGGAAAGCAUGACAUGGGUUGUCUUGAAACAUAUUGUGGCAGGGCAGGAGGUCAAUAUCUCCUACCUACCGAUGUUUGAUUGGCAGGAAGUUAACGAGAGGAGGGCUCUUCUCCAAAAUAUAUUUCCCUUUGAGUGCAAUUGUAUGCUGUGCGAGAAGGAGAGCUCAAAUCCUACAGUGUUUGCCCACCAGCACAAGCUCCGUGACCUGCAUAUGGCGCUCAUCAACAUAGCCUCGAGCCAAGAUGGAAAUACUCGUUCAUUCAGUCUGGAUCUACAGCAUCUUGUUGGCGCUUACCUAGCUGCGAUUACCCAGGAAUUGCCGCCAGGUCAGACACUUGAUCCAAGACUCUACCGGGCAUACUAUCUGGCAGCUUCCAUUUACUCUCAAUCUGGAAAUCCGGAAAAGGGCGUAUUGCUGGGCUCUAAAGCUACUGUUCUGGUUGACCAGCUCUAUGGAAAACACUCCCCACAAGGGCAGCACGAGUUGGAAUUCUGCAAACAGUUAUAUUCACUUUAAAGGUCUCCAAUUCAUGUAUCCUAGCAUUUAGUAUAGUGGGCUAUAUUACUUCGCCUAGUCUUCCGCGCUAAUUCCUUCGGGUAUAAUGAAAUACACCUCUGCUAC